AUGUGUCCUCCAAAAAUCUACAAUCAAUCCAAAGUUGAACUUUAUUUUGCUGACCAGACUCCACCACUUGUUAUUACACCAAAAUUCGUUUCCAGCCCUGUGAUUAUCUUUGAAUUUAAUCGAAUUGUCUCUAUUGACGAAGUUAGACCAGCUUCUAAUUCUACAUUUGGCUUGUUUUCAUUUGGAAUAUCAAUUGUUGAAAUUCAAGAUUUGCAUUUCACAAAUGAAUCUGAUGAUUCUUCUCUUUCAUAUAAAUUCUCUGCUGUCUUUAGAAAUACUACUUCAACUCCAAGUGUUGUGAUAGCCAGAAAUGAUACAAGUAUGGAUGAUGAAAAAUUACAAUCUGAUAGAUUCCCAAAUGAACAUGGAAGCAUUGAAUGGAUUAAAAUUCCAAUUUUAAAUCAAGAAAUCCCAUCUUCAUCAUCUUCUUCAAAAAAUAAUAAUUCAUCCAAUCCUCACUGUAAAAACAAAUCAUUUGAAUGGUGGAAGAUAUUCCUUAUUGUUAUUGGAGUUGCAGUUGGUGUUGGUAUUGCUGGAGAUGAGAUAGAAUCAACAACAACAACCAAUACAAUAGAGACCACAGGUUACUAUGGAAUACUUCGGUCACCGAAUCACGAUGAUUGCUCGAUAGUCAACGUCGGAUAUCAGUGGAAUUCAUUAGAGUUUAGCAAAUACACUGUUAAAAUAGAUGACCACGACUGUAUCAUAUAUGGAUCGUAUCACCAAAAGUCAAAUUCCACCAUAAAGUGUCUAGUCAACCGAGUAUCCCUUAACAACUCCAACUACAACGUCGAAAUUCACUUUAAAAAAGAUUUAUUAAGUACUCAAUGGACAUGCUCUACGAUUAAGGGUGAGCGUUAUAUAAAGAGUUUCAGUGAAUCUAUGAUUGUUGCACCAAUCAAGAACGAAACCGAUGCAUUCAAGUGUAACAUACAGAUCGAUGAUUCAUUCGAAUACUACUCAGGCUACCUGCUCGAGCAGACCGGUGAUGAAAGUGCAGAAGUAGCCACUGAAAUUGCUAUUAUUGUCGGUAUAUUCCUCAGUUUUGUUGGUACUAUCAUCUAUGUGAUAUACAUUAUUCUUCGAUUCAUCAUAAGAUUAUUCACAGGAAGUAGUGGAGAUAAUACUAAAAGCACAACAACAACGACAACAGAGCAACAACAAGAUAAGAUAAAGAUUCAAUAA